AUGGUCGGUGACAAGACGGUUGAGGUGAGCGUUCGUGCCUUGUCAGGAGAGGUAAUUCUCGCCAAGGCACUUCUGUCGUCAACUCUGUGUACUGAGCUGCAGCAGCUUGUGGCUGCCUUGCGUGGGCAGGACAAAAAAGUUCAACUGCUGCUGAACGGCGUGUUGCUGUCUCAAAGUGCGCUGACCAUCGAGGAUGCCGUGCUUCAGCAUGGGGACUGCGAUGCAGGGCGUCCAGACUUUGUGGAGUUUACAGCAGUGGUGGAGGACGCAGCAUCGAAGUCCCAAGACCGGUGCGAGCUAACUCCAGGGCUCUACAUCAGCGAAGUCAACAACCACCGUGUUACCCGCUGGGCUCCAGAUGGAUCUUCAGAAGCUGAGAUUGUGGUGGGGGGAUUUGGGCGAGGCUCUCGGCUCGGUCAGUUGGCAGGGCCCAAGGGUCUCUGCUUCGACGCACACGGGAUUUUUUACGUUGCGGAAGCUGGGAAUCGCCGGGUCACGCGCUGGUGCCCAAAGGAGCAUGGAGCAUUGGCGGCAGGCGGUCAAACGGUCUGCACUGAAAUGGAGGAGCCUGGUGGCAUUUGUCUGGGUGGUCAUGGUGAGAUCUACUUUGCAGACGUUCGCGGCCAUAGCGUGGGCUGCUGCAGGGAUGGAGAUGUUGCCAUUGUCGCAGGCGGGCGCGGUCCAGGGGAUGCUUUGGAUCAGUUAGACCGGCCUGUGGACGUAGCUGUCGACUCUGAAGGCUUCUUGUAUGUGGCAGAGUUUGGCAACGACAGAGUGACCCGCUGGAAGGACAAGACGUGUCAAGUCAUCGCAGGUGGCAGGGGCUGGGGUGAUGCGCUUGAGCAACUGGCGUCGCCCACCGCAAUCUGUCUGCAAGAAACAAGGGAUGGAGUCAGCGUUUUGGUGGCAGAGGCUGGCAAUCACCGCGUGAGUCGCUGGACACCUGGCCAGACACGCUGUAAUGUCGUUGUCGGCGGUGUGGGCUCACUGCCGGAGCUGGAGACCCCAAGCGGACUUUGCUUUGAUGCAGCAGAUGGCAGUGUCUACGUCGCCGAUGCCAGGACUGAACGAUGCUUCAUGCGGAACCUCUGUGACGCGGCUUUGCGUGCGCAUGGUAUACCCAUGUUCAUCUGCUGCGUUUCGCAUGUGCUUGGCUUCGUUUCGUGUUAA